UUGCCGCUCGGCCCGUGCACUGAAAUCCGAGGCCACGCCCGCUUGAGCUGCUGUACCGCUCUUGUUUUCAGCAGCGACCUGCCCACAACAACAACAAGAAUUGGUCUGAUGGAGCAAAGGCACUCGGCGCAGCUCGGUGCGACAAGGCAACAAUGCGACCGGUGUUCAUACAGCACGAAUUGUCCUGAACAUUUGACACGGCACCAGAGAACACACACGGGAGAGAAACCCUUCAAGUGCAGUGUGUGUGGGAGGGCGUUUGCACGGUCAUCUACUCUUGUAACACACCAGAGAACACACACGGGAGAGAAACCCUGCAAGUGCAGUGUGUGUGGGAAGGCGUUUUCAGAUUCAUCUACUCUUGUAACACACCAGAGAACACACACGGGAGAGAAACCCUUCAAGUGCAGUGUAUGUGGGAAGGCGUUUGCAAAGUCAUCUGCUCUUGUAGUACACCAGAGAACACACACGGGAGAGAAACCCUUCAAGUGCAGUGUGUGUGGGAAGGCGUUUGCAAAGUCAUCUACUCUUGUAGAACACCAGAGAACACACACGGGAGAGAAACCCUGCAAGUGCAGUGUGUGUGGGAAGGCGUUUUCAGAUUCAGCUCAUCUUGUAAAACACCAGAGAACACACACGGGAGAGAAACCCUUCAAGUGCAGUGUAUGUCGGAAGGCGUUUGCACUUUCAUCUACUCUUGCAACACACCAGAGAACACACACGGGAGAAAAACCCUUCAAGUGCAGUGUGUGUGGGAAGGCGUUUGCACAGUCAUAUGUUCUUGUAGAACACCAGAGAACACACACGGGAGAGAAACCAUUCAAGUGCAGUGUGUGUGGGAAGGCGUUUACAAAGUCAUCUACUCUUGUAACACACCAGAGAACACACACGGGAGAGAAACCCUUCAAGUGCAGUGUGUGUGGGAAGGCGUUUGCACUUUCAUCUACUCUUGUAAAACACCAGAGAACACACACGGGAGAAAAACCCUUCAAGUGCAGUGUGUGUGGGAAGGCAUUUUCACAUUCAUCUACUCUUGUAAAACACCAGAGAACACACACGGGAGAAAAACCCUUCAAGUGCAGUGUGUGUGGGAAGGCGUUUUUAGAUUCAUCUCAUCGUGCAAAACACCAGAGAACACACACGGGAGAGGAACCCUUCAAGUGCAGUGUGUGUGGGAAGGCGUUUGCACUUUCAUCUACUCUUGCAACACACAAGAGAACACACACGGGAGAAAAACCCUUCAAACGCAGUGUGUGUGUGAAGGCGUUUGCACAGUUAUCUGCUCUUGUAGCACACCAGAGAACACACUCUGGAGAGAAACCCUUCAAGUGCAGUGUGUGUGGGAAGGCGUUUGCAAUGUCAUCUGCUCUUGUAGCACACCAGAGAACACACACGGGAGAGAAACCCUGGAAGUGCAGUGUGUGUGGGAAGGCCACGAAUUGUCCUGAACAUUUGACACGGCACCAGAGAACACACACGGGAGAGAAACCCUUCAAGUGCAGUGUGUGUGGGAGGGCGUUUGCACGGUCAUCUACUCUUGUAACACACCAGAGAACACACACGGGAGAGAAACCCUGCAAGUGCAGUGUGUGUGGGAAGGCGUUUUCAGAUUCAUCUACUCUUGUAACACACCAGAGAACACACACGGGAGAGAAACCCUUCAAGUGCAGUGUAUGUGGGAAGGCGUUUGCAAAGUCAUCUGCUCUUGUAGUACACCAGAGAACACACACGGGAGAGAAACCCUUCAAGUGCAGUGUGUGUGGGAAGGCGUUUGCAAAGUCAUCUACUCUUGUAGAACACCAGAGAACACACACGGGAGAGAAACCCUGCAAGUGCAGUGUGUGUGGGAAGGCGUUUUCAGAUUCAGCUCAUCUUGUAAAACACCAGAGAACACACACGGGAGAGAAACCCUUCAAGUGCAGUGUAUGUCGGAAGGCGUUUGCACUUUCAUCUACUCUUGCAACACACCAGAGAACACACACGGGAGAAAAACCCUUCAAGUGCAGUGUGUGUGGGAAGGCGUUUGCACAGUCAUAUGUUCUUGUAGAACACCAGAGAACACACACGGGAGAGAAACCAUUCAAGUGCAGUGUGUGUGGGAAGGCGUUUACAAAGUCAUCUACUCUUGUAACACACCAGAGAACACACACGGGAGAGAAACCCUUCAAGUGCAGUGUGUGUGGGAAGGCGUUUGCACUUUCAUCUACUCUUGUAAAACACCAGAGAACACACACGGGAGAAAAACCCUUCAAGUGCAGUGUGUGUGGGAAGGCAUUUUCACAUUCAUCUACUCUUGUAAAACACCAGAGAACACACACGGGAGAAAAACCCUUCAAGUGCAGUGUGUGUGGGAAGGCGUUUUUAGAUUCAUCUCAUCGUGCAAAACACCAGAGAACACACACGGGAGAGGAACCCUUCAAGUGCAGUGUGUGUGGGAAGGCGUUUGCACUUUCAUCUACUCUUGCAACACACAAGAGAACACACACGGGAGAAAAACCCUUCAAACGCAGUGUGUGUGUGAAGGCGUUUGCACAGUUAUCUGCUCUUGUAGCACACCAGAGAACACACUCUGGAGAGAAACCCUUCAAGUGCAGUGUGUGUGGGAAGGCGUUUGCAAUGUCAUCUGCUCUUGUAGCACACCAGAGAACACACACGGGAGAGAAACCCUGGAAGUGCAGUGUGUGUGGGAAGGCGUUUGCAAGUUCAUCGACUCUUAAAAAACACCAGAGAACACACAAGCAUCAUAAUAUCCACAAGGAGCGGAGUCUGAUAUCAGCUUGUGAAAGUCAAAGUGCCUCAAUGAGCCCAUCUCUCAUGAAACAAGAACCGGAAGAAAAUCCCAGCUUGGAAACUUUUAAAGGUAUCGAGGUGAAAUUUGAAGAGGUGAAGGUGAAAUGUGAAGAAGUGAUGGUGAAGAGCGAAGAAGUGAAGGUAAAAUGUGAAGAUGAAGAUUCAAUUCCAAAAUCGGACUUUCACAUCGAUGGAGGCAACGUGAAGCAGGAGGAGAAUUCUGACUGUGAGGCAGAGCGAGGCAACUCCCAGCAGUUUGUGGAAGUGGAGGUGUGGGUGGACUUCCUCCGAGACAAUACAAAGUCAAAUGGAGACCCGGGAGAUGCGUAAGCCAUAGACCAGUGGUUCUUAACCUGGGUUCGAUCGAGCCCCAGGGGUUCGGUGAGUCAGUCUCAGGGGUUCGGCGGAGGUUAAGACACACACCUGACUCGUAUGAUUGUGCACCAGUAAAACAUGUACCUAUGUUUUGAAUUUGAAAAAAUAAUUUUAUUUUUCCAUUUAAGAAGGGUUCUGUGAAUGUGCAUAUGAAACUGGUGGGGUUCAGUAUCUCCAACAAGGUUAAGAACCACUGCCUUAGACGAUGCCGCUCCAAUAGAUGCACCUUUGUCACAGGCCUUUAAUGAAAAGAAUGUGAAGUUGAACACUCGGUUCCUAGGUUCAACCUGCAGGGUAAGAGCGGCCAGUCGUUGUGGACCUGUGUGUUGGGUAGAUCUCUAACCAGGAGCGAGAGCCAAUAAGCUCCCAAGCAUUCACUAUGUUAUCAUAAUUGCAUUUAUAUUGUGCUUGCUUAAUUGCCUCGGCAAUUAGUAGUUUUGUAUCGUUUCUCGUCUCAAACACUCGAAGAGCAUCCCCAAGUAGCAGCUGCCCCUGUGUGGCACAAGGUGGUGGCCCUGCACCGGCCUGCAUGUGAACAAGAGCCUGUCAGUAGGGGGCGAUGGUUGAUGUGGCAUCUUAGUUGUGGAGUUUGUAGGUAAUGUUUAGAAUUUGCUCAAUUUUGACCCAGACGACAGCAUCCAAUGGCCUACUCGUUUUGAAUGACACAAUAGUAUGUUGUACAUACACUAUUAAGCAGACAGUGUUUUUUGUUUAUCUUGUUAAUACGAUGUAACCUGAUGCAGCAUAUUUCAAUGCAGUAAUUUAACUUCGUAAAAAUUAUUGUCAAUAAUUUAGAAUGAAUACUUGUCCGAUUGUGUGCGUACAUGUAACAUUUUGUCUACAAGGGUCAAACAUUGAUUAAGUGAUGUUAGGACAAAGUGUGUGUUUUUGGAGUAACCUGUACAGAUCACUCAGGUGAGACUCAUUGUUCUUGUGAUACAGGUCAAAGAGUACUUUUGUGGUUUCAGGAAGCAUCUCCCUCUGGAGCAACUCAUUGUCUUUGAAAUAGGAGCACACUCGGAUCAUUCAUCAGUUACAAGGCAAACCACUUAAAAGUUACACAUAGAGGAGGUACAUUCUCUACAACACGAAUUAUAAUUUUGCAUUACGUGUUGACGUAGAUUUUGUCUAACUCGGACUAGAAAUGCUCCUUGCUGAUUAACGUCUGGAUGUCCGUAACUAUCGGUUGAAACAAGCCCGGCUGCUGUUGAGACGCUGUGCACCAAUAAGGGUCCACAGGUGGCUUGCACUGAAUAAUUGACGCACUCCCAGAAGUCCGUGCUAGUUAUAGUUUGUGUAAAACAUUCAUUUGUUUCGUGGAGAGAUUGAUAAAUGAAAGAUGUUGUGUCUGCUGAUCUGCUUCAUAGCAAGGAGGUAAUUCUAAGAGCCUAUUUGAAAUGCAUUUUUGGUAUAGAUUUGUAUUUGGUUACAAGGCAGAGCACAUCUAGUAGAUACAUUCUCCACAACAACACUCAUUAGAAUUUUGCAUGACGUCUUAUAUGUUGGCGAACUCGGACAAGAAAUGGUCCUUGCCGAUUAACGUCUGGAUGUUGACAACCAUGGGGUUGAAGCAAGCCUGAUUGCCUGCGGUGCCCCUCACAACCAUUCACGGCUUUCGGCCAGGAAAGUCACGAAGAAAAUUGCACAUGAACGACGCAUUCACGCCAACUCCCGAUGCUCCAUUUUGGAGUUUUAAAAUGAAACAACUUUGAAUUGUAUUAUGUUUUAAUUAGAUAAUUGUAUUAUAUCAUUUUACAUCUGGAAGACUUAAUUGAAAACAACAUUUCGCGUGAAUUAUUUUCGUCGUUAAGUAGAUGGCCUUACCGGGGUUCGGUUUGAUGCGGACUUUCUCCUGGUUGGGAUCGCGGGGUGGAGAUAAGGCGACAUAGAGCUGGCCGUGCCAGAAGACCGCCGUCUGCAGAUCGAUUCCAACGCGAUCGAACGUCUGUCCCUGCUCCUCCGUCGUUCAUGCAGGGGGCGCGUAGGUUUGCAGCGCCUCCUGCAUGAAAACUAAGUAAAGUGCA